AUGGAGAACAUCGCGCGCCCCGAGGAGGCCAACAACUGGGGCACAGCCCCUACACCAGUCCCCAUGGCCAACGCAAGCUAUGCUGCUAGCCCGUGGGAUCCUUGGUCUUUUGCCAGCCGGCUUGGCCUCAACGACGAGGGUGCCCAGUUCCUGGCGUCUCUACCCGAGGAAUUGCUGAAAGCCAGCAUUCAGAGCUUCGAUCCCGCCGGCACCAAGGAUGGCAAUGUGUGGGGACGUCUACUCGGCUUUAUCCGCGGCCUUUGGAUGAAACGCCUUCAGCUGAACGAGGAGGCCACAUCUUGCGUCAAGAACCUAUCGGAGGAGGCGCUGAUGCAGGUCAUGAUAUCCUUCCAUCCUGGACCGAAGGAUGGGAACGUUUCUGCUCGACUCCUCGCCUUCGCCAAGAAUCUCUCCUGGUCCGGUCCGAUGCAGCACCAGGGGUCUUAUGAGCAGACCUGGCAGGAUCCGAGUGCAGCCAUGCCGACGCCCUCGCCCUCGGCGCCCAUCAGCUAUGCUCCGCCACGUGCGCAGGCGCGCAGCGCAUCAUCCGUUGUCUGGGAGCUCGCCACGUACUGGCAGCUGGACCAAGGUUCCAUAGACUUUUUGAUGCAAUUGCCGGACGAGAUCAAGUGGGAGAUCUCCACGGGCUUCAACCCUUGGGGGGCGAAGGAUGGAAACAUUUGGGGACGUCUCUUGGGCUUCAUCCGCGUCCUCGUGGCGCAGUGGGUCGGAUGGGAUCGGACCAAAGUGGAGUACAUGAAGACACUGCCAGAGGACCAGCAGAAGGAGAUGAUCCUGACUUCACUUCACUCCGUGUAUCAGGGCUACACCAACCAGGCAGUGUGGUCUCCGCCACGCCCCAGCGCUCCGAGUGGAGCGCCGACCCUGCAGCAAUUCGUCGAGCGCUGGGGUCUGGACGAGCGGGCCGGCCAGUUCCUGCAGGCCUUACCACACCACGUUCUGCAGGUGGUGCUGUCGGCAUUCGACGCGUCUGCUUCUGCAGAUGGAAAUGUGCUGGGGGGCUCAAUCUGCUAG